AUGGCUGUUGCGGUGCGGUUUUUUUCCUUCCCUAGUGCCAACACCUACACUAGCGAGUUCGGCCCCAUGAAUGCAGUCGGGGGUGUCUGGGAGUGUCCUAGCAUCUUCCCGCUCGCCCUCGACGGAAACGAAGCCGAGACUAAGUGGGUUGCACAGAUCGGACUCAAUCCUAGUGGGCCACCUGGAGUUGUUGGCUCAGGGACGCAAUACAUUGUCGGGAGUUUCAAUGGAACGGCAUUCACUGUGGACUCCAACAGUCCGCCUCCGUCUCCGUCUCCAACCUCCACAUCCGUGUCGACAUCCAUCACCUCAGAAGGAGCAACUUGGACUGUCACAUUCCAAGACUUCGAAGGUACUGCUGAUUUUGCGUCUCGCGGCUGGGUUGCCACAGGGGGGCUAGUCGGGGCCGCACCGGCUCAGGGGACACUCCCCGGAAAGCAAACCGUCUCCGGAUAUGCUGGUACUCGCCUCGUGAACACUUUCUUGAACGGAGACUCAACCACCGGCACGCUCACCUCGCCGUCCUUUACAAUUACUCAACCACUCAUCAACUUCCUCAUUGGCGGCGGCAACGCACCAGGCCAGGAAUGCAUCAACCUCAAGAUCGGAAGCCAGGUUGUUCACACUGCCACGGGCCACAAUGAGGAGAGACUCCUCCCACAAACUUGGGAUGUCGCUGAGUACAUGGGGAAAACUGCCGUCCUUGAGGUUGUGGAUCAGCAGACGGGCAGUUGGGGGCACGUACUCAUUGACGAGAUUACCUUCUAUGGUGAUGCUACCACUCCCGCGCCCAGGAGUGAUGGUGUUUUUGACUUUAAUGGGAACGGUACUUUUGCGAGUCUAGGAUGGACCGCCACUGGAGGUCUGGUCGGGAAGAGCCCGGCCCAGGGCACGUUGGCGGGACAGCAGGCUGUGUCCGGACAGCGGGGGAACUUCGUCAACACCUUCUACGAUGGCGAUGCGACGACUGGAACUCUGGUCUCGCCCACCUUCACCAUCACGAAGAAGUGGAUCAACCUUCUCAUUGGUGGCGGGAACGCCCCAGGUGUGCAAUGCAUCAACCUCAAGGUCAACGGCGAGGUCGUCCGCACUGCCACGGGCAGUGAUAGCGAACAGCUGCUGCCAAAGAGCUGGGAUGUUACAUCUUUGAUCGGCCAGAGUGCUGCCAUUGAGAUCGUGGAUCUCAGUACGACUGGCUGGGGACAUAUCCUGGUGGAUGAGAUCUCCUUCUCGGAUGUCUCAGAUGAACCAAGGGGGACUAACUGGAUGGACUGGGGCCCUGACUACUAUGCUGCGGCACCUUUCAAUGGACUCCCCUCCGCAGACCGCACCGACAUUGCCUGGAUGAACAACUGGCAAUACGCAAACAACAUCCCGACCUCUCCGUGGCGCAGUAUUUCAUCGAUCCCUCGGAAACUGUCACUGAAGACCAUCAACGGAUGGCCAACACUUAUCCAACAACCUGUUGCCGAUUGGGCCGCCCUGCAGACAGGGACGUAUUCCAACGUUUUUAACACCGUGGAGGAAGGGAGUCAACCCAUCCCGCUCUCUGGGAAGUCCCUCGACAUCACGAUGACAUUCUCUGACCGGAACUCGGCGUCCUCGUCUCAGUUCGGCCUCCUCCUCAGAUCAACCUCGGACCUGGCACAGCAGACACGGAUCGGGUACGAUUUCGGUACGAAGAGGAUGUUUGUUGAUCGAACCAAGUCUGGAAACGUCGGCUUUGACGGGACAUUCGCCAACACUUAUUACGCGCCGCUUUCCCCUGGCAGUGACGGGAAGAUCACUAUGCGCAUCCUUCUUGAUUCCUCUUCGGUUGAAAUCUUUGGUGGCGAAGGCGAGGUGACCUUGUCGGCACAGAUAUUUCCCCAGGACGUAGGUAUUGAUGUCCGGCUUUUCUCAAGCGGGGGAAGCACAAAGGAGAUUACGAUUGAUGCAAAGAUGCUGGGAUCGGCUUUCGAUACGCCGCCCACCACCGGCACGAGCAGCACGAGCAUCAGCCGCAUCAGCUCGAGUCAGUCGACAAGCACUACUCUCAGCACGGUAGUAAGGACGACAGAAAACACGACCGUCACAAGCACAACCACCACUGCAACCCGUCCUUCGGCCACUGCCCCCGUAGAUUUUCGUCCUGUGUUCCACUUCGUGCCAGAGCAGAAUUGGAUGAAUGAACCCAACGGUCUUAUCAAAAUCGGGUCGAUAUGGCACCUGUUCUUCCAGCAUAACCCCACUGGAAACUUUCUGGGGAAACCUCAGUUAGGGCCACGCCACCAGUACUGA